UUAUUUAAGCGAAGACGUUUUUGACGUUAAUACGGUCAGAGUUGGAAUAAAGUGAUAAAUAGCCCGUCAAGGUAUCUCUAUCACUUACAUUUACGACCACCUGCAGGAUGCGCAGAUGGCGUUGGUUGUAUUCCUUAAUUCAAAAUGGCGGAUCCGCUUCUGUCGUCUCCUACGCGUGACUUUUCUUCUAACCUAAGUUUAUGUUCUCGUUAAGAUGGAACUGUCGCACAAUUCUAUUCAAGGAUUAAGAAACAUUCAAGAUGCGAAUAUAAUGAACGAUGAAACUUUUGAGCAACUUUUGGAGAUUGCCAUAGGACAUAUACUCGGCAAUUCGAGUGUUAAAAGUAUUGCUCAAAUCUACGGCUCAAAGCCAGACAUAGUUAAAGGUGCCUUUGCAGACAUUACCAGUCUGUUGGUAGAAGCCGCAAGACACAACUGUAACGACACAGAACUUUCUGACUUUUUGAGCGCUUCUAACAUCGAGGGCCCUAAAGCAGAGAGGAUACGUUCUUUUUACACCACGCACUUGAACGGUAUUAAAGAGAAAUUAGAGCGAAUUGGUCAUGGGCUUCCUCAUGUGGUCGACGUCGAUUGGCGACUAGAUUAUUGUAUCAAGUCUGACACCGAAAGCUCCAUUGGUGUGCCCAUCUACCACAUUCAGCUUUCCACGGAGAAGCAAGGAGAGUUACGCCACGUCAAGUUUACUUGCACACCUCAAGAACUGCAAGAAUUGGUAUACAAACUGAAAGAUGCAGUAAGACGUGUUGAGAAAGUCGCUAGUAUGUAGACAAUGUAUAUCUCAUCCACAUUGUUAUACUUUUAUGUAACAUGUUUUGCAUUCCGACACGCUUGGUUCUUUUGCAAAAAUGUAAACAAGAUUCAUUGUCCAUGAAUGCGAAGUGAAAAAGUAUCGUUCAUUGAAAGUAUGAAGAAUUCAGCAGUGAAAGGAAACCGUGUAUAAAUGAGAGAGUGUAUUUGUAUAAGUGCAUUUAAUUAUAUAUAUUUUGUUUUUUUCAUAAAAGGGCAAGAGAACGUUUCAUACUUUAUGUAGAGAUAUCGAUACAGUUAAUAAUAAUCAUAUUAUAUAUUUAUACAUA